UCCACCGUACAGACACCCUUCAAAUUUUGUGACACGUGGCGCGACGCAACGCACCAACUCCUCGCCGAUGAGCGAGGAGUAAUUGUAGUUGUUUCUCCUCUAUUCUCUCGGCAACCCAAGUCGUGUAAACAACGUGCCGAACGACAUUCUUCCAAUAAGUUCUCAUCCUCAUUCCUCAGCACCAUCAACCAGAAUCGAGAAGAAACCAUGAAAUAUCCUGGAAUUUGCUGCAUCUUGCUCUUGUCGGCGUACAGUGUUUUUGGAGAAACCUGUCAGAAGCCUGAAAUCACAGCCUCGGCGUAUGUAACCGAAGAUGCAACUAUUCUCACUAAUGUUGCAUUUACCACUCAGUUUACCCUGAAAUGUAGCAAUGGAGUUAAGGAUAUUUCGCUGUACGCAGAAUGCGAGGGUAAAUCUCUGCCAGCUGUACGACUCAGCACCGAUAACAAAUAUCAGGUAUCAUGGACGGACGACGUGAAGAAAGUGCGUUCUGGUGACUACAGCGUUAAAUUAUAUGACGAGGAGAGUUAUGCAGCCCUUCGCAAGGCCCUGCGCAACGGGGAAGAUCCGGAAUCUGUCAAGCCCCUAGCAGUUGUUACCCUGAAUAAUCCAGGGGUUUACCAAGGGCCUUGGAUAAACUCAGAGCUCCUCGCAGUGGUCCUCGCUGUGGUCGUUUCUUAUGCUGCCUUCUCUGCGAAAUCCAAGCUCUCUGCUUAACGCCAUCGAGUGUGCACGUGUGAAUGAUAUUUUUAUUUAUAUUGAAAAUAAAAAUGACAAAAUCUUGAUUAAGA